UUGUAGAAAAAACAGGCUUUCUUCUUUUCAGUCUUGUCAGUUUUACGGAAAAAGUGAAAAAUUGCUUCAAGAAAAUCUGUAGUGGAAUAUUUGGGUACUUGAAAAAAUAAUUUGAUGUGCCACAUUGUCCCAAUUGCAUCGUUAAUUUCAUGUUUAACUGAUGCUUGUAUGCUGUAGAAAUCUGCGAAGAAGAGAAUGUUAAAGUGUAAUGAAACAUUAAGUCCUUAUAAAUUCGGUGUUUGUUUGUUCGAAAUGAUGCAAAGAAAUAAUUCAUACAAAGACAGUACAGUGGUGUAUAAAAAACAAAAAGUGCGAAAAAAGUGCAACAUUAAAACAUGUCGCGAGCAAGUAGUCAGUCAGUCAAAUAAAUUAAUAGUUAUUUGAGAAUAAUUUUCAAAGCAAACAGUGUCCAUGUUGUACGAAAAAUGAAGCAAAGGAACGUUGGCAAUAAACACAAAUUUGAACAAACAUGGAUUCGGAGGACUCUCGACCUGCAUCGUCUGCAUCAAACUCAUCAUCGAAUUCAUCGCACAAUUCUGAGCAAUCACACCCUUUCAACAAUUCAGAUGAAAAGCCAAGAAGCCCAGAAGACACAAACGAUGCUGCAGCUAGUCCCGCCAGUAGCUCUAGAAGUAGACAAUCACGCCGCUCUCGAUCAAUGAAUGGCGGUUCACAACGCUCACAAUCGAAAUCCGAUUCUGAUUCGUCAUCUUCGUCCAUGAGUGAUAAUGACGAUGAGGAGCCAAAUUUUGACAACGCCCAGGCGGCGCCAUCGCCUAGUAUGGAGCCAGAAAAGGCUGAAAAUGAAACGACAAGACAGUCUUCAGAGUCGCCUAGACGAAGCGCUAGAGGAUCGAGAUCUAGAUCGGCAUCUAGUUCUUCCUCCAACCCCAGCAGGAAUAACAGCGAGGAACGUCACCAUCAGGCAUCCGAAAUGAACUUAAGUCACGAAGAUCUAAGCGACGUCAGCGAUUUGGAGAGUGAGAAGCGCACUUCUAUCUUCAACAAUAGUAAACAAUCGGUUGACGAUGACAGCACGAAUGGCGUAAUGGAUGAUGGCCUAUCGAAAGAUAAAAUGAAUAACGAAGACUCCAAAUCCCAUUCGCCAAUAAUGGACUUGCGCCAAAAACUAGAAAAGAUGAAAAGCCAAUCUAACGAGGCCGAAAACAAUGCAGCCCAAAACGAGACAGAAGGCAAAGCAUUAAACGGCAAAGGCAUGGUUGGGGAAUCCUUGGAAGAUCUAGUUAAAACUCAUGACGAUGAUGCCUUGGACUUUGAGGCGGAAGAGGGAGAAUGUAAUGAUGUGAGUAAAGAUGACGAAAAAUCAGAAGAUAAAGCAAAGACGAAAUCGAGCGAAAAACAGUCUUCCCCAAAGAAGAAUGAUGGCGAGGAAGAAGAGUUGGAGGAGGGAGAGGUUUCCGAUGAGGACGAAAAGCGCCCUGAGGAAACAGAACCCAAGCCGGUAUGCAGGUUUUACACCAGAGGCCAGUGCACGUGGGGAAUGAGUUGUCGAUUUCUUCAUCCUGGCGUUACGGAUAAAGGGAAUUAUACUAUGUUUGAUCUGGUGAGGCCUGUGCCAUUGCUGCAAGGUGGCAGCGUUACUGGCAAUAGGCCAUCCGGGUACAAUUUGCAUACUCCCGACUAUCAUGAUUAUCGAACAGAACGUCCAUCACUACAUCACAGAAGUGCUAUACCUCAUACGCCGGCUGUAUUCGCUCCAGCUCACGAGGCCCGACCAGCAGCAAGCGAAGGUCCAGUUGUAGUUGAAAGUGCUUGGGAACGUGGUCUGCGAACGGCCAAAGAAAUGAUGAGGAAAGCCAAUAAGAGAAAAGAACAGGAUAUGGACUUUGAGGAUAAGAAGAUGCAUUUGACUUUAUCGCCCGACGAGUUGGAAAAGGAUCCUUACUAUGCAAAGGAUAGAUUAUCGCCAGCGGAGGCUGUUCGCCACCCCAUAUAUCCGGAUGCUAUUAGCGAUGCGUAUGCAUCCUCUGAUCGUUAUGCAAGAGGACCUCCAGCUGCCCAUUACGAUGAAGUUGAUCCAUAUGGACGUUCUGCUCGGUACAGGGAGCUUCCGCCUCAUCGUAUGCCACAAUAUGAGGAUGACAGGCGCCUGCGGCCCGCCAGGGAGGUUAUUGUGCAGAGAGUAGAACCUGUGGGAAGAGGUGAUGAAUGGAACGAUCCUUGGAUGAGAUCAAAAUCUCCUGGGGGUAGAGGCUCCUCCCGCGAUAGGGGCGAUAAGAGGCGUAGGGACCGGCGCAGUUACAGCAGCAAUUCAUCGUAUUCAAGCUCAAGCAGUUCACAAAGCGAUUCAAGUUCCGAUUCCAGUCGUUCAUUAAGUUCACGUGACCACCAUAGACGUCGAUACGCCAGCAACUCCCACAAAUCACCACCGCCAUCGUCACGCAGGCCUGGAGGCAGAUCUCUGAGAUCGCCAUCUCCACCACCCAGACGUUCAAGACGCACUCCAACUAUUGAUGAACUCAAUAAUGAUAUUACGGAAUUGAAAUCGAAUAUCGUCGACAAAGAGAAAAGUUUCCUAAAAGGUCUACACCACUCGCCAUCAUCUAAGCGAAGAACAAAUACUUCGAUAUCGCCAGUGUAUAACAGAGGCAGUGCAUACAGUCCGGUGCAUAAGAAAAAACGAGUGUCGCCGGUUGUGAAAAAAGCACAUGCAAGUCGAGCCAAGGUGCGUCGUCGCCAUUCAUCUUCCUCCUCAGAUUCUGUUUCUUUAGAUUCUACAGCUUCCGAUUCAGAAUCCGAUACAGGCUCAUCCUCAUCUGGAAGCUCUUCUAGAUCCAGGGAAAACACACCUCCCAAACGUUCGCGCGUAGUUGAUAAAGCAAAUACAAACGAGCGCAAGGGAGUCAAAAAGGUGGAUCCACCGAAAAAAAGAUCACCCAUAACCAUAGAACUAAGGAAGCCUGCCGCCGUGGGUGUUUCCGCUCUUGCGUCGCCGACUCAUUCAUCCACAUCGGAAAGGGAUUCUAAGAAAUCCAGACGCGAGGAACUCUUGAAGCAAUUACGUGCAGUUGAGGAUGCAAUUGCAAAAAAAAGAUCAAAACUUGCUUAAGAGAAAAGAAGAAAGGGAAGAGAGUCGUCGACAUCAAAUUAUUCCAACCGCAGAAGCAUGCGCAUACUUUUUGCAAAUGCGCAUACAAAUACAUACAUAUAUAUAUUUUUUCCAAUUUAAGCCACAUUGACUAAAUAAUAAAAUAAAGUUACAAUAAGAGCUAUUA